AUGAGAUCUCAGGGCCUCGGUGGCGCCGCUAUCAGGAAGGUGAUAUCUUCGGAACCCAAUUACCUGUGCUACAACGUGGAGACGAACAUCGCCCCGAAGUUUCAGUUCUUACGUGAUUCGGGCCUAUCGGAGUCGGAUAUCGUCGAUGUCAUCCUGAAGAACGUUGUUAUUCUGCUCCUCGACGUUCACCGUUCCUUGGUCCCCAAAUUGGAGAUGUGGGAAAGUCUCUUGGGAUCGAGAGAGCUCGUUCUCAAGCAUCUCAAGAAGACCCGGUGGUUUUUCUUCUCCAGCGUUGAGAAGAAAUUGCAUCCUAACCUAAAGUUCUUGAGGGAUGAGUGCGGCAUUCCUGAAGAAAGGGUCUAUGUCGUCUUGAGAAGUCACCCACAAUUAAUCUCACAGAAACCAGAGUCUCUCCGAGCUUUGGUGGCGAGAGCAGAUGAACUGGGGAUGCCACGGCAAUCUCGGAUGUUCGUGCGGACACUUGAUGCUCUCCACAACGUAAGCCGAGAAAGGUUCGAGGCCAAGGUCGAGCUCAUGAGGAGCUUCGGGUGGUCGGAGUCGGAGUUUUCUUCUGCAGUCAGGAAAGCACCCACCUUCUUAUGCAUCUCCCUCGAUAUGUUGCGCAGAAAAGUGGAAUUUUUUAUCAAUGUAGUCGGGUACACUCCUUCCUUCAUCGCCUCCCAACCAUCUAUCUUGCUAUAUAGUCUGCAGAAGAGGGUAAUUCCUCGGUUUCGUGUUUUGGAGAUGUUGAAUACGAAAGGCUUGUGGACUCGACAAGGCACGUGUUUGUCCUAUGUGAAAUUAUCAAAUGCAAAAUUCCGGGAGAAGAUUGUUCUACCUUACAAAGAAAAGGUUCCUGAGCUUCUUGAUAUUUUGAGAGCUGGUGAGUGUGAAGGGAAAUGA